ACCAGAGACGAGAAGUUGACGGAGAGGCAUGACCUGGUAUCUGAACUGAUCGACUCCGCAACUACAACCAACCGUCUCGUCCAUCACGAUGAUGAACGCUUUCCUGGAUGGCGUGUCGUCGCACCCACACCACCUGGCCAAUCUGGGCAUCAAGCUAUCUCCCAGCGGUGGUGAUGCCACGGACGCUGGUACAGGUGUGCAGCCGGCACCAGGUGAAGCUCCGUCUCAGCAACACCAUCACUUUCACCCCCAAGGCUAUCCCCCUCACCAUCCCCAUCCGGCAUCGCACAUGGCACCGCACAUGGGACAUCACAUGAGCCACCAUCCUGGAUACGCGGCUCGUGAUUUUCUCCUCCGCCGCGAGCACGAAUUCAACGCGACCGCGAAUCCAACUACACCGGAAAGUGGUCUAGGAUUGUUCACACCGUUACAUCACGAUGGGACAGCCGCAACAAUGCAGCAAUUUCCUCAUCAUCCGAGCCAACAUCCCCUGGCAGCGAGUCACUAUCCAGCACAUUAUCCCCAAGAUUCAAGACUACCGCCUCAUCAUCAAUAUUUAAGUGCUCCUCAUCUGACUCCCACGUCUAUCCAUCAUCAACAACAUCCAGCCGUCAGCCAUCCGAGCCACCAUCCUCACGGUGCCUUUCUAAGGUAUAUGAGAAGCAACGGAAGCGGCGGUGGCGGAACCAGUGGGGUUGCAGGCGGCCAACGGCAAGAAAUGUCUUGCAUGUGGGUAGAUCAGGAUGCGCCCGGACCCGGAAGGAAGUUGUGCGGUAAACUCUUCAACUCCCUCCACGAUAUCGUGACGCACCUCACGGUAGAACACGUGGGCGGUCCCGAGUGCACGACGCACGCGUGCUUCUGGCAGGGAUGUUCGCGUAACGGCAGGGCGUUCAAGGCAAAGUACAAACUUGUUAACCACAUAAGGGUGCACACUGGCGAGAAACCCUUCCCUUGCCCGUUUCCCGGUUGCGGAAAGGUCUUUGCCAGGUCUGAAAAUCUCAAAAUUCAUAAAAGGACGCACACUGGCGAGAAACCGUUCAAGUGUGAAUACUCAGGCUGCGAGAGGCGGUUUGCGAACAGCAGCGACCGUAAGAAGCACAGUCACGUCCACACGUCCGACAAGCCGUACAAUUGUCGAGUUACCGGCUGCGACAAGUCCUACACACAUCCUAGCUCGUUGCGCAAGCAUAUGAAGGUGCAUGGCAUGACUCUGGGCGAAGGCAAAAUAGGAGGGGGCUAUGAAAGCGAGGGUGAAGAGAGUACCAGCAGCGGGGGUAGCUUGUCCGUGACCGGACACACCGAGUCUCCUCAGCCGCCUCCGGUCGUCCCGACAACGACCACGGCCAAUCCUCCAACGACUCAUCCUUCGACCAGAGGUCCAGAGUUGACGGAGUGGUACGUCUGUCAGCCACCAACUGUGGGUCCUCAGCACAGCCCGUUGCCGGGUCCACCGCCGCCCCAUCACCUUGGUCCACACCACUUCAACCCGUUGAUGCAUCACCAAGCGACUGCCUACUAAUUCCUGCCGGGAACGAACCAGAUGACCAGUUGCUCGGACAAGAUCAACGUAACUUCGACAGGGAAACACGUUGUUCCAUGCCUGACUGCGCAGAGUAAUCAAAAUCGAGUUUGAUCACACGUUCGAUGAAAAAAAAAUGGAGUUUUUGAAAACUAUUAUUCGAAGAAGAAAUGGAGGACCACGAGGAAAUGCUAAAUAAAUUGUAACAGUUCUUUAUUCCUUUGAAACUAUUACUAGAUCUAAGUGGAAUUGGAAGCACUAGCAGUAUAUCAAUUUUCAUUUCGAAUUCGGUGGAUGAGAGUUCAAUUAAUCGGAUUCGAAUUAUUAAUUGUAAAUUCCUUUUUCUUCUUUUAAUAAAUGGAAUUCUACUCUAUGUAUUCGCGAGUGAUCGUUUUUCGUAAUAGUAUGACAAGAUUACUUGUUCUGCAGAUUUGAAAACGGGAUUCUAAGAUAGGUAAUGCUACCUACACUCGUGACCAAAGUUAGGAAAACAGAAACUAUCAAUGUCGUUUAUAUUUAUUUAUAAAUAUUGAUUGUAUCAACAAGGAUAUAAAAGAAAAUAGUCGAAAUCGAUCGUAUUAACCGAUGCUAAACGCGAUUACAAACGCAAACGUAACUGUAUAUGUAAUCGUCGAGAAUUUGGGCUACGAUGUACCAAACAGAGAGUUACCUCUAUCUAGAUGGCGAGGUGCGAUUGUAAAUACGAAUUAACCUUAAAUCAAGUGCUACAGUUACAAGAAAUAGUAAACUCGAGAAAUAGAUAGAAACAAAAGACAUUAAGAGAGAGAAAGCACGCUGCUGUGUUCUUGGAUACGAAAAAUCGUGUCUCGGCAAUCACAGUACUACAAAUUAGACGAAGCAAUUUCCAACGGCGCCGCGUCUCGUAAUUCCAGUUACGUUCGUGUUCCGAUUUAUCAAUCGCUAAAGGAAAGAACGAGUCGCUGGGUUCCGGCUUAAUUGUUCCUCGAGCACGACCAAUCGUACGCGCUUCUCGCGGACUUAAGUCUAAUUAAAAGGUUGAUAGUGAAGUGACACGGAUUUUUAAAAUCGAGCGAAGUGCUAAUUUUGCGAAACAGAAAAUUUGCAGAAAGAGAAAAUGAAGUAAAUCACGUCGAAAUAGACGUGCCAUUGUUGUAUAUAUUAUUAUUAUGAUCAUUAUUAUUUAGUUUGCGUCGUCGAGCAGGAAAUAACGACGGAAACAUUGCGAGUUUAAUGGAAAAUCUGGGGCUGAUUCCACAUGUAAAAUAUUGUACUACUAUAAUUUCUAUGUGUGAUAUCCUGUAAAUAUAGACAGAAAGACGAAAAAGCCACGGAACGAGACAAGCGAAUUCAAAUAAUUGUAAUUUUCUUUCUUUCCUUUUUCGUUACGUAUAUGCUUAGGUUGUCGGAUGAGAAUGCAUCUCUUGUUCAUCCACCCAUACCUUGCAUCGUAUUAUAAUAUUUGUUUUGCAAAGACCUGAAAUAUAUUGAUGAUGCGAUAUAUUAGAA